AUGGCAAGCUCAACCCCACGCGCUAAACGCACUGGCGGAGACUAUGGCCUCACGCACUAUGAACAAGACGAUGGCGGCCCCUCCGAUAACAAAAAACCGCGAUUUGACUUGCGCAACCCGUCUGCUCUAGCUGCUGAUGACUUGGAAGAAGACGAGAUGCUUGAUGCUGAUGAAAUCGGACGGCGCGGUCAGAAAGUACGCCGCUCAGCGAUCAAUCUCGACGGCUACGACUCCGACAGCGACAACGAGGGUUUCUCGGCGCGUGCGCACCAGGAAGCGAAAGAUAAAAAAGCUCAGGAGAAAGACGAUACAAUGCUUGGAAAUUUGGACAAAGACUUCAGUGACGAUGAUGACAUGGCUGCAGAGUUGGACAAAGACUUCGGUGACGAAGAUGAGAUGGACAAAGACUUUGGUGACGAAGGAGACAACGAUGGGCCUAACAAAAACAAGAAGUCUGUUCGAUUCCUGCAAGACAGCGAGAUCGAAGGCCAAGUCGCCUCAUCGAAGGGAGGAAAGACGCUGCGCGCAGACUUCAGCAAGGGCGCGGACGACUGGGAUCCCGAUGCCGAUGACAGUGAAGAAGAGGAUGUUGCGGAAGAAGAGCGCGCCAGGAUUGAUCAAGACAUGGAUGCAGAACUUGGAGCCGGUGCAAAGAAAAAAAAUGCGCCCCUGAUUGAUGCCUUCAACAUGAAGGCAGAACAGGAAGAAGGCCGCUUCGAUGAAGCAGGUAACUACAUCCGGAAAGCUGCAGAUCCAGAUGCCCAACACGACUCGUGGUUAGAAGGGGUCUCUAAAAAGGACAUUCGCAAAGCAAAAGAAGCUGCGGAGAAGCGUGAAGCUGAAGAAAGAGAAAAGGAACUCAGGGAGGAUCAAGUAUCAACAUCCGAUGCCUUGAAAACCAUCAUAUCUUACCUCGAGCGCGGAGAGACUAUCCUGGAUGCCCUGGCGCGUCUCGGGAAAGGCCUACCUCGGAAGCCUAAAUGGCAGAACAAGAAAAAGACCAAGCAGAGCAAUGCCCCCGAAGAUACAGAGAUGUCAGAAGAGAACCCUGUCCAUGUCAGUAAAAGGAAGGCUAUCGAGGCUCUUACUGGCGCCGCAGACAUUCUCAUGGGACAAGAUCAACCAACAAUUUAUGAUACAGAACGGGAACUCCUUACCAGACAGUAUCGCCGUGACACUGGUGAAGAUUGGGUGGAUCCCCCCCGCAACUACUGA